CUAUCUCUUGUUCUCUUAUUUCAGAUAUGCGUGUGGCCGUAAUAGGUGCUGGAGUGAUCGGUCUCUCGACAGCGCAGAGCAUUUAUGAGCGGUACCACUCCAUUGUCACCCCACUGAUCAUUGAGGUGUAUGCAGACCGCUUCACCCCAUUGACCACCAGUGAUGGAGCGGCAGGCUUAUGGCAGCCUUACUUGAAUGACAAGGGCAAUGUUCAGGAGAGGGAAUGGUGUAAACAGACCUUUGACUACUUGGUUGGCUGUCUCCGUUCACCAGAGUGUGUAAAAAUGGGUCUCUUCCUCCAGUCCGGUUACAGCAUUUGCACAAAACCAAUGCCUGAGCCAACGUUUAAAGACAUCGUCCUGGGCUUCAGACAACUCACAGAGCGAGAGCUGAAAAUGUUUCCUGGCUACAAUCAUGGGUGGUUCAACACUACAGUCAUGCUCGAAGGUAAAACAUACCUGCCUUGGCUGAUGGACUGGUUGGCAAAACGGGGUGUGAAAUUUUAUCACAGAAAAAUUGGCUCCUUUGCAGAGCUGUCUAAAAAUGGUGCGGAUGUGAUAAUAAACUGUACUGGGGUGAGAUCCGGAGACCUCCAACCUGACCCUGAACUCAAACCAGCUCGGGGACAGAUAAUAAAGGUAGAAGCCCCAUGGCUGAAACACUGGAUUACGACCCACACCGGAGAGAUCUCCAACUCACCAUAUAUCAUUCCAGGGAGUCGUCUCGUAGCAGUCGGCGGAGUGUUCCAGUUGGGAAACUGGAAUGAAAGCAAUGAUUCUGCCACCCAUGAGCACAUUUGGGAACAGGCUUGCCAGCUCGAGCCUAGCUUAAGGCAUGCCAGGAUAGUGGAUGACUGGACCGGCCUCAGGCCAGCUCGAAGUAAAGUUAGACUGGAGAGAGAGACUAUACUGUGUGGUACCACUGCCGUUGAGGUGAUUCACAACUAUGGCCACGGAGGUUUCGGAAUUACCAUUUGCAGAGGCUGUGCAGAGGAAGCAGCCAGGCUUUUUGGUCAGAUUUGGGAAGAAAAGGGCAAGGCACCAAAAGCUCACCUGUGAAUUUGUUAUUAGCAUUCGUGACUCAGUGGUGAUCAAAUCAUAACCCGAUAAUGUCAUUAUCAUUAUAGUAAGGGGCAAUCGUUAUUCACGAUUAAAUAAGAAAAUGGGACCCAUGUUUAAAAAAAAAUACAUCAUACGUAGUGAGACGGGGAGUUUACAAAUCCCUGACAUCAACAAUGACACAAAAUCAUCUCUUUUACAAAGAUUAUUUACUUCCAUGAUGUGCAUUUACCUUUUUGUGUUGACAAAUUCAGUGUACAUUAGAUAUUUAUGCCUAUUAGAUUAAUACUGUAACAACCAGCAGCAUUGCUCACAGAAUAAAUGUAAAAUUACACCAUUCUCCAUAUCACCUCUUUCCAAAAAACAAACAAACCAGAUUUGAUGAAUUAUUCACAGAGGUAUAAAUUAAACCAAAGUACAUGGCUGUCUUCAGUCUAAAGUAAACAUUAAGUACAUAUUGUAGAUGCAGUAUGAUGUUUAGAGUCAAAUGAAAUAGUCACAUUUUAAGUAUUUUCAUCACAGUAUUUUAUUAUUUUUAAUCAGGCUGGUUAAGCUUUGUAGAAUGUGAUGAAACUAUAAAACAUUACUGUCCCAUACUAUCAAUCUAAUCAUGUAUUUUCUAGUACAAUGCAUGUUUUCUUGUUUCAGAAAUGUCACAGACUACCCACACAUAAUGAACUCAUUACUCUGAUGAAAGUGUCACCAGAUUUCACCUUUGUCAUUCUCAAAAAUUGAUCAUGGCAUAAACGAAUAUUCCUACUGGAAA